ACGACUCAUCACUACUACAUAGUAGUAGCAGGCGCUUUCGCGCAGUUGCCGAAUGUGCUCGUCUGUGUGUUCGUGCAGAAAACUAAAGGAGAGACUGCUGAGUUGAACAAGGUAGUUAUUGCAACGAGAAAGGAAGGGAAUAUUUAGCUAAUCUUUUAAAAUACUAAACUGGACCAGAGGACCUCUCUCCCUUGCAUACAAGUGUUAAAGGGAGGGAGGGGAACGGCACAGAAUUAUGUUUAAAUUACCCUCUACAGUUAACUUGGGAGAGUAUUUUUGCUGAGUUGAAAAUAUUAAGUUUAGGUUCUAGAAAAACAAGAUAACUCGAGCGCAAUGGAGAGCCAACCACCCGAGCCGCAAAUCUACGAGGACGUUCGAAAGAGCGGCUAUCUCCGCAAGCAGAAAUCCAUGCACCGGCGAUACUUCGUCCUCCGGACGGCCUCGGAGAGGGGCCCGGCCCGGCUCGAAUACUACGAGAGCGAGAAGAAAUUCAGAGGAAAGACACCGGUCCCCAAGAAAGCCCUGGUGCUGGAGACGUGUUUCAACAUCAAUAAGCGGGCUGAUGCGAAGAACAAGCACAUGAUAGUGCUGUACACUCGGGCGGAGAGCUUUGCCAUCGCGGCAGAAAACGAGGCGGACCAGGACGAAUGGUAUCAGGCCAUGGUGGAGCUGCAAUGCAAAAGUAAGGCGGCUAGUACCGACACCGGUCCGGGAGGGGACUACGGUGUACCCACCCCAGGCCCCGCCUUCAAGGAGGUGUGGCAAGUCAAGGUGUGGCCAAAGGGGCUGGGCCAGGCCAAGAACCUGGUGGGCGUCUACCGUCUGUGCCUGACCGAGAAGACGGUCAACUUCGUCAAGCUUAAUUCAGACGCCGCCGCCGUGGUCCUGCAACUGAUGAAUGUGAGGCGCUGCGGUCACUCCGAGAACUUCUUCUUCGUGGAGGUUGGUCGUUCCGCGGUCACAGGCCCCGGGGAGUUCUGGAUGCAGGUGGAUGACUCUGUGGUGGCCCAGAACAUGCAUGAGACCCUGCUGGAAGCCAUGAAGGCCUUGAGCGAGGAGUUCCGCCAGCGCAGCAAGUCGCAGUCCAACUCCGGACCAGGGGGGGGCGCUACAGCCUCCAACCCCAUCAGCGUCCCCUCGCGACGCCACCACCCCAACCCGCCCCCCAGCCAGGUGGGCUUCACCCGCAGGCCCCGCACUGAGCCACCUGGAGGGGCUGGAACUGGGGGCAACAGUGCCAACRCAUCGCCCACUCCCCGCCACAGCUUCCCCAGGUCACGCACAGCCAGUGACGGGGGUAAAGGUGAAGAAGGUGUGGGUGGAGCGUGUGGAGGGGUAGGGCAGAGUUCCAGUCUUACUACCAAUGGGUCCUGCUCCACCACUCCCAUCCUCAGGUCCAAAUCGGCCCGCUCGGCCCCCACCCUGGCCAAGAACAACCCCAUGGGCCUGAUGCGCUCUGUCUCCACCCCAGCCCCCUCCCCGGCCCCCAGCCUCUCCUCCAGCUCCGGCCACGGCUCAGAGUUUGGGGUAGUGGUGGGUGCGACCGGAGGAGGUGGUGGAGGAGCAGGGGCCRGUGCAUACAGCCGCGUCCCCUCCCACAACGCUUCCGUGUCGGGCUCCCCCAGCGACUAUGGCUCCUCGGAUGAGUACGGCUCCAGCCCUGGGGAGCAGUCCUCCCACUCCCUCCUGGCCCCCUUCCCCAACAUGCCUGGAGGUUCAGCCGGGUUGGGCGGCCACGGUCAACCCCUGGACGAUGAGGCUACUAACUACAUCCUAAUGGGCCAGCGGGGUGGAAGUGGCGGUGGAGCCACGUCAUCUGGCUCUCUGCCUGCUGGUGCRUCCAGCUCAGCCCCUUCCCACCAGGCCCAGACAAGGAGGGUCCUGCGUCGCUCCUCCAGCCGGGAAUGUGAGGCUGAGAGGCGGCUGCUGAGCAAGCGGGCGUCCCUGCCCCCCAUGGCCCUGGAGCGCCUGGCCCCACGGCCCCUCAGGGGGGAGGAGGAGCAGGACGAGGACGUGGCCGACUACGCCAUCAUGUCACGCAGCACCAGCAGGGAGUCCUUCACCACCUCCUCCUCUUCACGGAGAGACUCUGAAAUAAGUCCCGGUGGAGAGGGGGGAGGAGGGGGGUACCUGGAUGUGGCUGGAGAGUUGGGUGGAGGUGGAGGUAUAGUGCGGGAUAAYGGCUACAUGUCCAUGCUACCGGGAGGAGUGACCCAACCCCCUGUCAACCUCAACAACUCGCUUUCCGCCUCUGUUGCUGACGAGUCCAAGCUGGCGGACGACUACAUGGCCAUGACACCCAACAACAGCGUAUCACCGCCACAACAGAUCCGGCCCCCUCCCGGAGACGGCUACAUGAUGAUGUCACCCAACAGCAGCUGCUCUCCGGACCAGCGUGGUGGCCUGGCAGGCGGGGCCUGGGUGGGCAGCAGCAGCGCGGACAGCCGGGCGGGCAGCGACUACAUGAACAUGUCCCCCAUCAGCAUCCGAUCGGCCAACAGCAGCCCCCCUCCCCCCGAGCAACCCCCUCAGACAGACCACCACCCCUCACUGCAGGCCCCCAAGAUGGUCUACUCCUACUACUCACUGCCCCGCUCCUACAAACACACGCCACCUGGUGGACACUUUGAGGACGGUCCCGGCCGAGGCAGGAGGCCCAGUGGGAGCAGUGAUGUGAGAGGAGUUGGCAGGGCGGUGGUGGUUCGUCAGGACCCCAAUUUGGGUGCAGUCCAAGGUCGCCACCUGUCCCUCUCCUCGUCCUCAUACUCCUCCAGCUCUGCCAGCAGUGAGAGCCUAGGGGAGAACGAGGACAGGGCUCUCCAGGGAGCAGGGUCCUCAGGUGGGGGAGCUCACUCUAAAGACAUGGGGCUCCUCCAGCAGAGACGGGCAGCCCCCAAGCAGGGCCAGCAGGGGGGACCCAGGACCCGGCCUGUCAGCCUGUUUGUGGACGUGUCCAAAGCCAACACCCUCCCCAGGGUCCGUGAGAACCCCCUCCCCCCGGAGCCCAAAAGCCCAGGGGAGUACGUGAGCAUCCAGUUCAAGGGGGAGAAAAGCACCAGAGGAGGGCCAGGAGGUGGGGAAGGGAGGGGACUCAGACAUGGGAUGUCCCUGCCUCACGGCUCCAGCCUGCGCCCUUCACACCGGCCCGCCUCUUGCCUGGGGGGGUUCCUGCCCCUCUCCCGCAGCCCCUCGGCCCCUCUGACACCCCUCACCCCACCAUCAGCCUCUGAGUAUGUCAACAUGGACCUGGGGCCCUCUCCGUCCCCCUCGCCCCUCUCCCUGACACCGCUGGGCUUCCCUUCCUUCCCCACCCCUCCUACGCCCCCUCCCAUACCCCUGGCACCCAAGGCCCGCGGUGAGCUCAGGGUGUCCCCUCAGCAGCAAGGGGAACCCGAGGGGGCUGAAGCAGGACCCAGGAUAAACAGACAGACUACCCRCGUUGUGGUGACUCAAUCAGAGUCCCCUACCUCCUGCGGGGACUAUACAGAGAUGGCCUUCAGCUUGAACAACAAUACCGUUGCCAGCUCCAUGUCCAAUAACACCUCCUCCAAAGCCCCCUCCCCAGCCAGCCCCGAGCCACCAGUCCCUGUCCUCACCUUGGGCAUGGACUUCCCCCUGGCCAAAACCGGGCCCAACCCGGACCAUGGCGCUAAAGUGAUCCGGGCCGACGCCCAGGGCCGCAGACGCCACUGCUCCGAAACCUUCCUCCCCUCCCCCUCUCUCCCUCCCCAAUCCUCCUCCUCCAACUCUUCCUCUGUCGCCUCCCUCUUCCCGGAGCACGCCCAGGCUGUGGCUCGCCGUCUGGGGUUGGAGGGCGUGCUGUGGGGAAACGGAGCAUCAGCCGAGCAUCUCCCCUCGCAGUUCCUCCAUCCCGGGCCUGGCCUGCCCUCUGCCCAGGCUUCAUCCAUGGAGCAAGGCCUCAACUACAUAGACUUGGACUUGGCUAACAAAGAGAGCCCUCAUUCAGCCCUAGAUGGGUCUUCAACCGUCCAGGCCAACCCCCUUCGCCUCUACUCGUCCAUGCUGACUGGGGGGGCCGGGGCAGUGGCGUCCGGGGCUGGAGUGGGGGGCAGUGUAGGCUCCAACCUCAACACCUAUGCCAGCAUCGACUUCUACAAGUCAGAGGAGUUGCGAACGCAUCAGAACGGAAACAAGGAUGGUACAGAAUGCUGAUGUCUAUGCCCUGGCCUUGGAAUUAUGGGGGGAAAUUACAGGAGACUUGGAGAUCCCUAGCUCCUCAUCCUUUUGUGACAACCAAUGGGAAGAGAGAGGAGUUGGACUGGUCACGCCCCUGAAGCACUUUGGAAAGACUGAUGGAAAACCUUUAUUUUGUUGCUUUCAGUUUAUUGGUUGUGAUUCCAAUGGGGAUGCGUGCCGAUGAUAGCCCGUGAAGGGAGGACUCUCAGCCAAUAAGAGAGAAGAAUAAAGACUGACUGCGGACCGGGAGCCAAUGAUAUUUUUCGAUCAUCAACCUAAAUGAAAACACAAUUAACCAAUCAAAAAGCAGGAUUUCAUCUAAUGAUUGCUGAAUAUACAUAGUAUUAUAAGGAAAUAUAUAGAAGUAUAUAUCUUUUCAAAAGUGCCUAAUUUUGAUUGUAGCCAUUUUACAAAGAACUUAGCAUUGACUAAGGAACUGAAGAAGCUUCAGUUUUUGUGCUCCUUUUGAAGUAGAAUAUGUUGUGGCAACCAGAUGUAACGGACAAAGAAGAGAGCACUGGUACUGGUAUAUAUUCUGAAUAAUAAUGAUGAUGAUGAUAAUAAUAAUAGCAAUUAGCUGGCCUGACUGUGUUACUGUGAGAGAUGUUAGCGGCAUAGCUUCUAUUGACUUUAUGCUCACCGCUUCAAUGUAGCUGACAGAUGUUUCUCUCCCUCUCUUUCAAUAUCUCUAUCUCUCUCUGCCCACACCUCUCAUCCAAUAAUGCAGAGUUAUUCUAUAUCACAUAUCAACAUGCUCACAUACUACACAAUAUGCUCUGGUCAAUAUGUAUUUAAUGCACAGAGAGACACUUGGCACUUGUUGCCGGGAAAGACAACAAAAAAAAACAAUUGUAUGGAACUAUAUUUAACUAUACAUAGUUCUUUCAAAUACAUGUAUUAAUUAUAACACAGAAAUAGAUUACUCCACAAUUUCCGUAAUCUUAGCCUAUCUAUACUGAACAAAAUAUAAACGCAACAUGUAAAGUGUUGGACCCAUAUUUCAUGAGCUGAAAUAAAAGAUACC